AGCCAAGAUGGCCGGUCGUUUCGCUAAUGACUCGGACUUUAAAGCUCUAUUGGGGAUUGCCGAUGCCUGUCUACGGUCGAAACCUCAAAGAAUACGAUAUUGUAUUCAUUGUUUGGAGGCGGCAUUGUUGCUCAACGUGCCAAUGCAGUACGAAGCGCACGUUAGAGUCCAACUAGGAAGUAUUCUGUUAAAGUAUACUGAAAAUAUCGACCUGGCACGAAAGUGUUUGGAAAGAGCGGUUGCCAUCAUUCAGCCACUUGGUCCUGGUUUUGAAGAACUUUUAUGUCAAGCUGUAUCGGGACUAAAAGAAAUUUUUAAAAUUUGUAACGAACCACUAUCUAGCAUCCAGUAUCUUCAGUUAGCUUUAAAAGAGACUACGCAGAAGUUAAAUUGCUUACAUUUGCACUUUCAAACUCUGUUCGAGUUGUCGGAAACCUAUGUGAACUGCAACAAAAUGCAUGAUGCAAUUCAGAAUCUUGCGCUUGGAGAGAAAGUUGCACAGCAAUAUGGAUCAGAGUACAUGAGAUGCUUGUUCGUUUUAAGCAGAAUAUUGUAUUUGCUGGUUUCAAAGGACUACAACCAGGCCACCAAGUUGCUUGGCAGUUUUGCUUCACAUUUUCAAACCUGGCGCGGACCAAAACUCCAAGUGGAGCACCUGAGAAUAUUUUAUCUGACCUUGCAAACAUGGUUGGGCAUAACAUCUGGUCAGCCCAAAACGAUGAAACCUUUUCUGAGACAACUUCAACAAAGUAUUCAGGUUGUGACAACGCUCACACCUAUAGAAGAAGCACGCCAAAUACCAGACUUUGAAAAGUUCCAAUGGCUGCCCGUCGACCAUCUUUGUAUUAUAGUUUAUUUGCUCACUGUAAUUCAUUGCGUUCAAGCCGGUCACGUGGAGAAAUCUUUAAAAUACAGCGAGAAAGCGCUGGGAAAAAUUGCGUCGCUUAAAGAAAAUCAGUCAACUCAUUUGCUGUCGGUAUUCGAACUCGUUUUAUUGGAGAAUGUAAUCGUGACGCACAUCAUAGAAGGGCAGUCAAAUACUGCAAUUAAACAGAUGGCAUCUGCCUUUCGCGUCUGCUCUCCCAGAUUAUUGAACAGCCACAGUACAAUGCUUCGCACGCUCUUGGGUCUAUAUUGCAUGUCAAUGAACCAAAUGGAGUUCGCUGAAUUUCAUUUCAGGCUUGCUCUUAAAGCGUGUCAGGAUAGCGAACAGUACUCUUUGAUUGCUCUUAAUCUCUGUGUAGUUUAUAUAAGGAUGGGGAAAUCAAAAAAGCUUGAAGAACUUGUUCAAAACCUGUCGAAUCCGUCAAAAGCUUCUUUGAGAUCGAGCAACGUGCUGGCCAGCUACCAUUACGUCAUGGGUCUCAAGUCAUUCUUCGAAACGAAAUAUACGGACGCCAGACGAUAUUUGCGCGAAACUCUCAAGAUUGCCAAUGCAGAGGAAUCCUAUAGAUUGGCGGCAUGUUCCUUGAUAUUACUAGGCCAUACUUUUCUUAAAGGUGGAAAUAUCCAGGAAGCUUUGGAUGUUGUAAAGUCGGGAGUCCAAAUGGCAGAUAAAAUGCCCGACGCUUAUAUUCAACUAUGGGGCGCGUCUCUACUCAGAGAUUUGUAUCGACAUAUUGGGGAUCACACGAAGGAAGCCGAAUCAUUUCAAAUUCACCGAAGUUUUACCGUGAAGCUUUUAGAUAAUCAUGGAAAAGCUAUUAAAAGCGAAGAACAUAAACUAAUUGAGUGGCACAAAGGAGCACCGAAAGUACCUCUCCAGAUAGAAUCAUUACAAGGUCCAAGUGGGCUUCAGUCGGUCUCACAGCAAUCUACGACCACAGGAAUGAUCCAUCACACGUGAUUUCAGUGCAUAUCGUCUUCGAUGGAUAAGGUACGUGAUCGUUUUAUCUCUGAAAUGGACAAAUGAGGACAUUUACGGAUCUGCCCUUCUCAUAUUUUGGAAAGGGGAACAAUUGUAAUUGAUUUGCGAAUGCAUAUAAAGCGAAUUCGGUGGAAGAGCUUCUAAACGGUUGGAACGGCCAGAUUCGAAGAGUCUUUAACGCGUGAUUUCUGGUAUUGCCAACGGUUUGCCAAAAUGCGCAAAUUCUAGCACAGUUUAUAAGUCUCUCGCUGUUUUUAUCGUAGUGUAGUUGGAACGAACUUGUUCUGAGAACUUAGGAUAUGUUUUAGUUAGCUAUGUCGCGUGGAUAAUGUUUUUGUAUUGGGAAUUGUCGUGAAUAUGUUUUAAUAUAUAUUGUUAAAUGUACAAUUGUAAAAUAUGAAGGAAAAACACGCUUGAACACAAGACGGCUUUUACUUUCCUCCGGCCACUACUCAACGCAGUUUAUGACGAUUUAUAUUCAUAAAUCCAUGGAAGUCAUACUGUAAGUCUGUAACAAAGCACUGCAUACCAGAAAAUACUUCUUGAAGCGUCACUCGUGUUCUGUAAAUAGUUUUAAUUUGGCUUACGUCACCUUUUGUGUUCAAACGUUUGUUUGAGGCAGCUGACGUUUUUAAGUAGUGCAAUAUUUGAUUGGCUUUACUUGAAAACAUGUUACAAUGAACUGUAUAACUUAUCAUAAUCUGUUUGUCAACGUAAGUUAUAUGUCUUGGCCUUUCAUAGACUUUACAAGUGAUACUUGUUACAUCAUUUGCAUUGCCAUCUUUUUUUGCACUUGGGAUUCCAAGACUACACAACGCGAUUGUUUGUAUUAUUGGCACAUAAUCUUUACUAUAUUAUAUAUCAGCGCUUUGAGUCAUGUGACUAUUUGUCUUUAUCUACGUAAAUGAUCGCUAUUGGUUUAAAAUGUAGCAAAGUGAUUAAAGAUUUCUUAAGCAGAGAUUCA